AUGGGCGACAUUACAAGAUUGAAUAAAAAGCAAAAGUUUCGCGGGGAGAUUACAUUACAUCCACGGUGGAAUCAUAUAUACGGUAUAGGUCAUACAUAUUGGGAUGGUGCUCUUCAUGAUGGAAUUGAUCGAGGUCCUCAUCCUUAUCAUUGUCCUGUCGGCUGGCAAAGAUACUCUUUUUAUGUCACUGACGAUUUUCAAACAAAAUUUAAAGGUUGGUGUAUAUGUUAUCAUGGUACGAAAUUUUCAUACGGCCUAUCCAUUUUGCUGAGUGGCUUAGCACCAGCAAAAGCCGCCCAACAUGGUCCAGGAAUAUAUGUUAGUCCAUCCAUUAUUUAUACAUCUCAUCCAAGGUAUUCUGAAGUCAAAAAGAUUGAAUCAUCAGAUGAAAAACAUUUUUUUCAAGACGGUAACUAUGUUCAAUUUGUAUUACAAUGUCGGGUUCAUCCGAAUAAUAUAAAAAAUAUUGAUUCUGAAACAUUGAAAGUUUCUGACAUUAUUGAUCCUAAUAUAAACAAUGAUGUUAUUGAAUGGGUUAUUGAUGCAAAAGACAAAUCUGUAAUGGAUUUCAAUGACCCAAAUUCUACUAUUAUUUGUACGGGAUUAAUGAUACGUGUGACAGACAAUCACCCAGGUUUACUACCUGAAUCACACUGGUGGUUAAAUUCACAUUUAUGCCCGAAGAAAGGAAAUCAACAUUGUCUCUUAGCUAUUGACCUUGACGAAUUAAAAGAACAAAAAAAUAACGGAGUAGAGUGUAAUAUCGUUUACUAG